AUGUGGAGGUGGAGUAACUGUUAUGUUUUAAACAGAAGAGAUGAAAUCCCUAUUGAUAUAGGGGCCUUUAUUCGUAUACAGAAAGAUGAGGUAUUUCGCAGCUUAAAUAGUCAAGAAGAUGCUCCUUAUUCUAGGCAAGUGAAGCAGCAGCAUAUCUCGUGGCAGUCUCCAAGUUCGUUGCGGAUGAUUGAACAGCUAGAAGUGCAGUUAGAUAAUCUUGUGUACAUUAUUCAAAUCCUAAGGCAGGGGAAAGCUCAAAAUGGCAAGCCAUUUCUGGCGGCCUUGAAACCUCCUAAGGGUUUUGAGACAGUAGAAUCAGCUUAUCCAAUAGGAUUCGAGGACAAAAUAGCAGGAAGGGGAAUCAUACACGGUGGUUGGGUGCAACAACAAUUGAUCUUGCAGCAUCCUUCGGUGGGAUGUUUCAUAACUCACUGUGGGAUCGGGUCUCUAUCCGAACCCAUGGGAAGCCAAUGUCAAGUGGUGUUGAUGCCUCAAGCUGUCGACCAGUUUGUAAAUGCGAGACAAAUGAGUUUAGAGUUGAAGAUAGGAGUCGAGGUUGAGCCAAGCGAGGAUGAUGGUUUUUUCACUAAGGAAGCCGUCCAAAAGGCGAUAUCCAUGGUGAUGGAUGAAGGAAGUGAAGUUGGUGCAGAAGUUAAGGCCAACCAUGCUAAAUGGAGAGAGUUCAUUUUAAAGGAUGGUUUAGAAGACUCUUACAUCAGUAGUUUCAUUCAGAGUUUACAACAAAUGCUUGAAUGAACUUAGUAUACGUAGUAUAUUCUAUUGUUUUCAGAAUGUACCACGUAUUACCAUGUACUUGUUUCAAGAAACUCGGUUAUAGCAAACAAAAA